CCACGAUGAAGAAUACAUGACAACGCCUUUAAAUGAAACCGAAAUGGAUGAUAUUGUCAACUACCCUUUUUCUGAAGUAGAUUUAAGACUUGGUCGAUGGGAUGCACGAAGAACUUACAAAAUAUUUGAUUAUGUACAAGUUGGUGACAAAUUUAUUCAGUUAUCACAAGAUUACCAAGUUUGUUUGGCAACUCAAAGCUCAGUUGACAGGAUGCAUUCUAUAGUAGAGCUCUCUGACCAAUGGGCAGGACCAAUAUCCUUAUCGCUAUUUGUGUCAGGAUCAGAUGAACUUCGAAUUUUGCAGAUCUUCGUGAACCAUCUACGGGCGUGUCAUCCUAAUCUAAGGGACAGGGUUACUAUGCAUUUGGCAAUACCUGGAGAUAGAACGCCCGCAGAUGGUCGCCCACCAUUACAAGAUCCUGUCGAGCUAUUCGAAGACUGUUCAAUAAAACCGGAUGAAUAUCUCAAGCGUAUUAUGAAGACUUUAAACCCAGAAACUGAAAAAUGGCGUAUAAAAAACCCGUAUCCCCAAAAUCACAUGAGGAACAUAGCUAGGAAAGGAUGCCAAAAUGGAUAUGUGUUCAUGACUGAUGUUGAUAUAGUUCCCAGCAAUGGAUUUGCUGAAAGUUUAAACGAAUUUUUAAAAAGACCUAAUUGUACAGGACAAUGUGCGUAUGUGGUUCCCACGUACGAAUUGGAUAUUAGAGUAGAAUUUCCUAAAAAUAAGGCUGACUUGUUAAGAUUAGCAGCAAAAGGAUUAGCGAGGCCUUUUCAUCACAAAAUAUUUAUAUACAAUCAGUUUGCUACAAAUUUUACUAAGUGGCAAGCAGCAAAGGUUGAAAGUAACAAAACUCAUGUUAGUCAUGUAGUUACAAAUUUUGAAUUUUUAUAUGAGCCUUUUUAUAUUGCGCCAGAUACAGUACCUCUGCAUGAUGAAAGAUUUGUAGGUUACGGAUACACAAGAAACACGCAGGUAUACGAAACAUAUGUAGCUGGCUACCAGUUCGUAGUCCUAUCUCCAAUUUUCACCUGCCAUUGGGGCAUGACAAAUCGACGGACCCGUCCCGCUUGGAGGGAAAGGCAGAAUUAUUUAAAUCGAAGACAUUUCGAAGUAUUCAAAAGAGAGGUAUUUGCAAGGUACCAUAAAGACCCUUUAAAAAUGAUGCAACCCAAACGACCCCAACAGCAACAGCCGGUUAUCAAAGUUUUAUGA